AUGGCUGCUCCCGCUGAUAUUACAAUUAAGAACCUCAAUGGGCAGUGGGUGAUGGACGCAACCCUGUCCGACCCUACUGCCCCCAUCCUAACUCUACAAGGCGUGAGCUGGUUCGUCCGCAAAGCUCUCCCCUACGCCACUGUGACUCUUCACGUGAACGAGUACACCGACUCCGAAGACCCACUUGUUUACCACAUGGAUGUCGAUCAAGUCGUUACCGGUGGUAUCCAGGGUACCAAGGAAGCGCGGAAGCUGGACUGGCAAGAGCGCAGCCAUAAAGAUACCAUUUUUGGAACCAUUAAAGGCCGCUCACGCAUGUUCCGUGGAGCCAAGGGCGACGAUGGCAAGACCCGCCCGGCUAUUGAUGUGCAGAGCAAGGUUGGAGGGUCUGAGGCCGAUGCCAAGGUCCAGAAAUUCCUGCGUGGUGAGAUCCAGAUUGAUGGAUCGGCCAGUGAGGGUUUCAUCGUUGAGGGCGAAGGCGAAGAGUUUGGAGAAGGCGAGGGACUCUGGAUGCAGAGUUAUGUUGUGAACCAGGAAGUUGGGUGGACCGCUGAGCAGGUCUGGGGAUUCGAAAUUAUUGGUGGCGAGCGACGUUACACUCGUCGCGUUGCUGUCGUCAAGGAUGGGAAGUUUGAGUUGGGACGUCUAGUAUACACUUUCAAGGAGCGACGGGCUAAAGAGUAA